AAGUAUUUUUACCAAUAUCAAACACGGGCGCAAGAUCUAUACGGAGAAACAAGCGAAUAAAAAUCGUUAACAAGGUCCGUUUCAUUGAAAACUUGUUGCUGCAAUUUUAAUAUAUAUUGAAGAAAUUUUUCCGUUUAAUUAAAAUGAUUCACAUAAACGGUGAGCAGUGCGUUGCCGGGUGGAGCUUAUACAAAAAUAUUGCUGCGUCUGUAAUUUUGCAUACCGGUUUUUAAACGGGAAAUAUGUUCGAUGUGUGCUUUUUGAUUUUGGGACUGAUUUGUGCAGUGCUGUGCGCGUAUCUCAUUUUGGAAUUGAAUUACUUCCUUAGGACUUGUUUGUGCAUACUGGUUGCUAGAUUCUUAAAAAAAAAGGUGCAUAUUUUGGACGAGACCGCUAUUACAGGAUUAUGCAUCUCUACAGACAUAGAUUAUUUUCUCGACCAUAUGAACAAUGCAAGAUUUUUGAGAGAGUUGGACUUUGCCAAAAUCGAUUUCUUUGAACGGACCGCAUUUUUCAGAGAGCUUAAAAGUCAUGGGGCGUCCACAUUUGUCAGUGCUACCACGAUCAGGUACAGAAGAUGGAUAAAAAUUUUCAGUAAAUACAAAAUUACCACAAAGAUUGUCUACUGGGACGAACAGAGCGUUUACCUGGAACAUCGUUUCGUGACCAUAAGGGAAAAUUUCGUCAACGCGAUAGCUUUAUGCAAGAUGCGAUUGGUCGAGGCCAACGCCGAUAGUGUCAUGGCUGAUCUAAUGUCUAAGCCGCCGAAAAAUACUUCAGAUCCAGAAAAAUUUAAACAACAAUGCAAGCCGGACUUACCUGAUGAAUUGGCCAAAUGGAUCGAGAGCAAUCAAAUAUCAAGCAACAAAUUACAAGAGGAACUGAAAUCAUCGGAUCCAGCAAAGUCAACUUAAAUAUUUGACAUACUACUGAUGAUUACUGGUUACUGGUCAGUCUGUUCACCAUUCAGCGAAGCGUCACUACAAUUUGAAUGUCCAAAGACCUUUAUGCACGUUGUAUGCCAUGGUCUGUAAAGUCGAGUUAUCUAUGAUACCUUUAUGCUAAAACACUAGACAUUCUAAAUUUGCAGUCCUUAAUUUGUUGUUGUAUAUAUUGAAUGUGCAGUACAAUACGUCCCAGCGAAGCCGAGAUAAAGCUCUAUAAAGCCAUUUUUGUUUUAGAAGCAAAAAACGAAAGAAAGGAAAGAAAGUUUAUUUUUCAAUUGCAAGCGCAAUUUCAAACACAAUUUCCAAAACUGGUACAGGCUGUAAUAACCCCUUAAAAUAGGGUGCCCUCAUUCCAUUUCAAACUUAAAGGGGGAUAUAGCCCCGCAGCGAGGGUUGAAAAAGAAUCCCAGUUUAUCUUCCUCUCGA